AAAUGCUUCAUAGUCAAGAUAAAUACACCCAACUCCCUAAAGUUUGACGCGGUACUGCAUCAUGCACGGGUUUGGUAAACUGGAGCUGUUGCCAUCGCUCUCUUACAAGCUGGGACUGUCUUCUGCGGAAGGGGGCGAUACUGGAACAGUUCAGUUACUGAAGUAGCAGUUCGGUUACUCCCAGUACCCCUGUGACUGCGGUGGGGAAGGGACCUAGGAGAGGGGGAUCAGGCUGUGCAGGUCAAGUGUCCGGGAGGUCAGUAAAGCAGGAGAAAUAGGGGCGUAGUGGAUGGGGUGUAGACCAAGGAAGGGAUGCCAGCGAUAUGGGGGAAAUACUUAAGUCACGCGAAUACGCUCGAAACCGAAGGGUUAAUAACCAGACACUUCCAUGUAGUUUCAGCUCCGCCCUGAAAUGCCAGCCCAGUACCCCCUCAGUGCUCACCUCGCGCGCCUGUCCAACCUCACGCAGUUUAGUCCCAUGCUCUACCUCACUGGCCUCCCUGGGUUGGAAGCCAUGCAGCCCUGGAUUUUCAUCUUCCUUUUCCUCCUGUACCUCGUGGCCAUCUCAGGCAACUGCCUCAUCCUGAUGAUUAUCAAGACCAGCCCUCACCUGCACGCCCCCAUGUACCACCUCCUCUCCUUUCUGGCCCUCACGGACCUGGGCCUGUCCGUGUCCACCCUGCCCACCACGAUGGGCAUCUUUUGGUUCAACUCCCGUGGCAUCUACUUUGGAGCCUGCCAGAUGCAGAUGUUCUGCAUCCACUCCUUUUCCUUCAUGGAGUCCUCAGUACUGCUGGUCAUGUCCUUUGACCGCUUUGUGGCCAUCUGCUACCCCCUCAGGUACUCGGCCCUCAUCACUGGCCAGAGAGUGGUCAGGGCCGGCCUGGUUGUCAUCCUCCGGGGACCUGUAGCCCUUGUGCCCAUUGUUCUCCUCCUGAGGACGUUUCCUUACUGUGGGUCUCGCGUCCUCUCCCAUUCGUUCUGUCUACACCAGGAGGUGAUACACUUGGCCUGCACGGACACCACCUUCAACAACCUGUACGGGCUGACGCUGGUCAUGUUCACUGUGGUGCUGGACCUGGUGCUCAUUGCUCUGUCCUACGGCGUCAUCCUGCACACGGUGGCGAGACUGGCCUCCAAAGAGGAGCGGCUCCGAGCCUUCCAAACCUGUACUUCACACCUCUGCGCUGUGCUGGUGUUCUUUGUGCCCAUGGUGGGGCUGUCCCUGAUUCACCGCUUUGGGAAGCAGGCGCCACCUGCCGUCCACCUUUUUAUGGCCAACGUCUACCUCUUCGUGCCCCCCGUGCUGAACCCCAUCAUAUACAGUAUUAAGACCAAGGAGAUUCGCCAUGUCCUCUGCAAGCUCCUGGGUCUUAGAAACCAGGCUGAGUCCUGGGGCUCACCAGUCUCUGGGAUGCCCAGAAGAGGAUCCCGAAUCAGGCCAAAGGGUUGCAGCAGGUAGUAACUAUUUCCCUAUGUUUCCCCAGUUCUCUUUCACGGCCCUAAAUAAAACACGGGGGUAUUUCUUGCUUGAGUUCAGGUUAGGAAUGUGACCUUCUCUUGCUUAAAUUAUAAUACCUCCUCUUUAUAGGAGGACUAGAUAUUUUGAGAGCAAUUCUGCUUCUUGUAAUAAAUUGUAUAUUGCAUUUCAGACUUGGUGCUAAUGGUACAUGGUGUGCCAUUAAAACACAUCCAUCCUUUGAUUAGGAAAUACUGUUAUCACUAAGGAAAACACAGCCAUCCCUUGAUUGAGUAGGAAGUACCAUUACCGUUCAUUAAAACACAGCCAUCCCUGGAGUAGGAAAUAUCAUCAUCAUUAUUUUACUGGGGAGAAUGUAGAGGCAAGUAACUAUAUCAGACCCUUAGAUCCAGAAUCGCAGGACUUGUCUUUGGAGCCUCCCUCCAGGCACCCCUGGAUUUAGUAUGUAAUAACCUGAUCUGAGCAGGGAACAGGCUUUGUCGUUGUUUCUGCUUCAAGGUACACGUACUGAUCCGCACUUUUCGUCAUACCUGCUAAGGAAACGUUGCUCUAGAGUUUACCUUGUUAAAGUUACACAAGUGGUAUCAGGCCUCCAGCCUGGUUUCUGAUGGGGAGAUAUCUUUGAAAACACCGAGACCAAAAUAAAUAAUAAUAAUAAUAACCAACUAAACAAACAAAAAAAUGAAGGAGCAGAUCAGUCCAUCAUUCCACUCUUAGAUUAGAUUUCAAAAGAAAGAAAUAUCAGGAGGUACAGUAAAGGAAGCGGCUUUAAAGACGUCGCUUCCGUAGAAUGAACUAGUAUGAGUCUGUGAGAGACACCCGAGGAUGACCCCAGAGGGACCCGGGGGACCUGAGAAGAUGCUUGAGGCCUGGGGUUCCCAGUAGUGAGACCUGGUUCCAUGAGGGGCUCAAGUUUAAAGAGGAGUAAGAUAGCACGUCUCCUGGUCUACCGACAUGUAGAGGGUUUCACGUGACGGCAAUGAGGAGACCUUGGCUUUCCCAAGGGUGCACGAGGAAACUCUGUGGGCAUCCUUCCCUGGUUAGAAAAAUGAGCGGUAAUUCCUUCUAUAGGAAAGGCUUCAAGAGGUGAGGUCGAAGAAGACAAUUUGGGAGUGACUGUAUUUCUGGGAACCUGGGCAUUCUGUUAACGGUGCCUCCGUGCCGUGCUGGCCACCGCCUCCGCAGGCCAGCAGCUCCAGGCCUUCCGCACCUGCGUCUCCCACCCCCUGGCCGGGCUCUGCUUCUCCGGGCCCGAGCUAGGCCUGUCCAUCAUGCCUAGAUUCGGGCACCACGGCCCAGCCCUGGCGCGCAUCCUCACGGGCCCUGUCUCUGUGCUCUCCCGCCCCCGAUGAGCCCCGUUAUCUGUAGCGUCAAAAGACCCAGCAGAUCCCCAGGGUCACCCUCAAGGCGGCCUCGCUGGGGAGGCUCCAGGGAGACAACGGGGAUGGACCACGGCGACGGAACCUGAGCAAUGAGUUCACGCGUCUUUGCAGAGCGUUCUUACCACCAGGGGAUUUCGGCUUGCUCAUCUUAGUUUGUUCAUUUGGUCGUAUAUCAUGAAUUCACGCGAACGUUAAAAUAAA